ACACCCAAUGUUUGGUAAUGUUUGCGUGGUUGAAAACGUUUCCACAAAAAAAUUGGAACAAACAAGAAAGACGAGAUGGGACUGGGCAGCCGAGUGGGUUGCAGACCAUUUUUGGCCUUGGCUUUUAUCUUCAUUAUAAUGCUUUUAACACUACUUGUGUUGUAUGGAUUUGGCAUCCCCAAAUCAUUGGAGGCGAAAGUAGAAAAGCUAGUGUAUAUUGAUGAUGACAGAACAGUGGAGGGCUCACGAGCAGCCUACCCACCAAGAGGCUGGAAUUCAUACGAUUCUUUUUCUUGGAUUAUUUCAGAGGAACAAUUUCUUACAAACGCUCAAAUCCUAUCGGAUAAGCUCCUCUCUUUCGGGUAUCAGUAUGCAGUAGUAGAUUUCUUGUGGUACAGGAAGCAUGAAAGUGGUGCAUCAGUGAAUUCUCCAGGAUAUGAUAUUAUUGAUGAAUGGGGGCGGCCCAUUCCUGAUCCUGUACGAUGGCCUUCUUCUUCUGGGGGAAAAGGAUUCAAACAAGUUGCAGAGAAAGUGCAUAAAAUGGGUCUCAAAUUUGGUAUUCAUGUUAUGCGUGGUAUCAGUGCACAGGCCGUCAAAACUAAUACCCCUAUAAUGGGCCCCCAGGGAGUGGCAUAUGAAGAGAAUGGAAAGAUUUGGAGGGCGAAAGACAUAGCGUUGAAUGGGACGAGGUGUGUAUGGAUGGCUGAAUGCUUCAUGAGCGUUGAUACGAGUCUUCGAGCAGGAAGGGCUUUUAUUGCUUCCCUUUAUCACCAAUACGUAGACUGGGGCAUCGAUUUAGUGAAGCAUGACUGUAUCUUCGGGCAAGACUUGAAUAUAGAUGAAAUAUCCCUUGUAUCUCAGAUAUAUUUGAUGCAUAUCCAGAUACUCAAAGACAUAGAUCGUCCAAUAUUGUACUCAAUUUCUCCUGGAAAAGACGCAACACCAGAUAUGGCUCGGAAAAUAAGCAAACUAGUUAACAUGUACAGAAUUACAGCUGACGAUUGGGAUUCCUGGCAUCAUAUACGCAGCCAUUUUGAAGUGUCUAGAGAUUUUGCUGCUAGUGGGUUGAUAGGAUCUCAAGGACUACUUGGAAGAUCAUGGCCAGAUUUAGAUAUGCUCCCAUUUGGCUGGCUAACUGAUAUAGGUACUCAAAUCAUGUAUUUGGUUUCCGUAGAUUCAAAUGAAGGACCCCAUCGCUUUUCAAAGCUUCUUCCAGAUGAACAGAAAGUUCAGAUGACUUUGUGGGCUAUGGCGAAAUCUCCUAUUAUGUUUGGAGGUGACUUAAGGCAGAUUGAUAAUGCAACCAUGGCUCUCAUUACAAAUCCUACCAUACUCGACAUAAAUGCUAACAGCACGCUCAAUCAAGAGUUGUGUGUGGAUCCACGCAGUAGAACUUUCCAACGCAUCAAAUCCCUUUUCCUUAAAAUUGUUUCCACCAGAGUAAACAACGUACGUACUUGGAUAGCGAAAGGUGCCUCCGGUGCGCUUACCUCCUAUGCUCUUUAGAUGCGUGUAUCCUCCCACUAUGGCAUUAGUUCAAGAUUUAUUUGAGGUUGAGCAGGUUCAUGUUGAUAUGUGUGGCUUGACUCAUCUGUUGAGGGUACCUGAUAUCCGUGUGAACCAUGGGAUGCUCACGGUGUUGGUAGAGCAAUUUCAUUCAGAGCAUAAUACAUUUCAUUUUCCAGUUGGGGAGUUGACUAUCACUCCUGAGGAUGUGUACAGGAUCCUGCAUAUCCCUUUUGCUGGUGAUAAGGUGGAUUAUGAUACCACAUUGUUACCUAGACUGUAGGCAGUCAGGCAUGUCUUCGGUGAUCCUGACAUUUUGACUCAGUCCAUGAGUUGGGAUAUUCUUAUGAGUAGGUACAGUGAGGAGUAUCCCCUGGCAUGUGUUCUAGCAGGGUUCAUCGGGUGCUUUUUGAUGCCAGACAGGGGGCAGCAGGGUUUCCAGAGCGGAUGGGGCCGGAUGCUAGAGAGGUUGAUAGAGACCCCUUAGAGACUUGGCUGGGGCUCUUGUUUAUUGGCCCACAUGUAUCGGGAGAUGCAUGAGAUCAUAUAUAGAGAUGGGCAGAGCAUGGCCACGGGUGUGUACAUUUUACAGGUGUGGGUUUGGGAGCACCUUCCUGUUUGUCGGCCCAUAGUAGUAGACAGUAGAGAGCUUGGGUAGCCGAUCAUUUAUAGGUAUGCCAAAGAUAUCACACAGCCCCAUCUAGGCAAGACAAACUUCUAGAGAUGGCAGCUCGAUGACCUGAUAGCCAUCGUAUGGAGACCAUAUAGAGGGUUGGAGUCAUGGGAUGACUUGCAGCUAGUUCGCAGGGACCUGUUUCUUACAUGCCCACUGAUUGGGAGGUCACAGACUGUUGUGGAGUGAUUCGUCAUUUCACAAGUGAUGAGGUAGUAUGGCUGGCCCCAAGGGAUCUCAUAGGAGUAUACAACUUAUGCUCGAUAUGCAGAUGAGGAGAGAUAAGGAUGGUCUUCAUGGUUAUCAUACGCAUUGGUGAUGCAAGAGUUGACAGGGUUGCAUUGCUUGAGGUGGGAUUACCUAGAUGAUAUAGCAGAUGCGGGGGUAUUUCCCCAGUAUAGAGAUCAUUUUCAGCAGCAUUCAUUCCCAAGUUUUAUAGACCCAGGUGAGUAGGCUCCUCAUAUUGAGGAUGUUGAGGAGGAUGCCCCCACACCAGUAUAGGGACAAGGCUAGAGACAAGGCCAAAGGCAGGGUUAGGCACAGAGAGCUGAGGCUCUGUGAUGAGGUAGUGG